AUGGCCCAACUCAAACCUCUCGAAGGAGGAGAUUAUUACCUGUGGAAAUAUCUCCCAUCCCUUCCAGCAUCCAUCAUAUUCAUCGUCUUAUUCACAGCUCUCACUAUCGCGAUAUGCUGGCGAAUGGCAAGGACAAGAUCCUGGUUUUGCAUUCCGUUCGCGAUUGGUGGAUUAUUCGAGAUCAUUGGAUAUGUGACCCGUACCUACGCGCGAGACCACACAGACAAGAUUCCACCCUAUGCCGUCCAGAAUACUGGAAUUCUUCUCGCACCUGUUUUCUUCGCUGCGUCGAUAUACAUGGUUCUGGGUCGGACCAUUCGAGCUGUACACGGUGAACGCUUCUCUAUUGUACGACCAACGUGGUCAACUAAGAUAUUAGUAACCGGUGACAUCCUCUCAUUACUAGUGCAAGCUGGAGGUGCAGGCUUGAUGGUGUCAUCAAAAAAUCGAGACAUGGGCGAGUACAUAGUCAUUGGCGGGCUGUUCAUCCAACUUGGCGUUUUUGGCUUCUUCAUUAUUUACACCGCCGUCUUCCACAACAGGAUGAAGAAGUAUGAUACAGCAGAAUCUUCCCACCAGGGAUUCGUUCCGUGGAGAAAGAUGGUGAGCAUGCUAUAUGCUUGUAGCGUUCUUAUUGUCAUCCGUUCGGUCUUCCGAGUUAUUGAAUACAUCAUGGGCCAGGACGCAUAUCUACUCUCGCACGAGUGGACAAUGUAUGUCUUUGACGCCGUGCUGAUGUGGGCCGUCAUGGUCAUCUUCUUCGUCUGGUUCCCUCAAGGACUGCAGCCUAAGAAGGUUGAUAGCAUUGACAUGGUUGGCCCAAGUCUUGCAUCUGAUGAUGACCCGAAGGCCUAA